CCUCAAUCCUCAGCUGCGAUUCUCAUCCAUCCUGCAAUAAAGUGUAGUAUCGCGAAAGGAGACAGCGAGUUCUCGGUUUCUCUGGCAUAUUACAGUCACUUUCCAAGCCCCCCCGGCCUGAAUCCUACGCGUAACACACAAAAGUUUCCCCUCUGAAUAUCCCCAAGCCAACAUGGACAAGCUGAUCGGAAAGGCCGUCGACAAGGUGUUUGGUGACGAUGAUGAGCGUCGCCAGGAAGGGCUGCACCAAGGAGGCGGCAACCUAACCCACGGCGGCGCCUACCCGGCCGGUGGUGGCUACCCGCAGCACGCCGACGCCGACCUCCGCGGAGCUGCCUCGGUCGCAGCCAAGGACGCCGACGACGACGAGGGCUUCUUCUCUGACGUUCUCGGCAAGCUGCUCCAAAACAAGCCGCCGUCGCAGAUCGCCGACGACGAUCUCGACGAAGAGGACGCAGUACAAUCCCACCGCAAGUUCUUCGGCCUCGGCGGCUCGGAGCCCGCGGCCCACGAGCAGCAGGCCUCCUCGUCGUCGCUCGGCAGCGCCGCCGCCAUGCAGGCGCUCAAGCUGUUUACCUCAGGUGAGACGGGCGCGUCGUCGGCCCAGGGCAGCCAGAGCCAGAGCGCCUUUGUCGGGCUGGCCAUGGCACAGGCGGCCAAGCUGUUUGACGCGCAGGCGUCACAGGGUAAGGUCGCACCCGAGGCGGACAAGCAGAGCGUGGUGAUGAAGGCGGGCGAGAUGGCGUUGAAGAUGUACCUGAAGAGUCACGGUAGCCAGGCCGGCGGGAGCGCUGGCGCUGGCGGGUUGCUGUCGCUGGCGAGCAAGUUUAUGUGAAGCGGGAAAAGUGUCUCUUCUUUUGCCUAGAUGAGGUGGGAGCGCUCAGUUACUCCUAAGUCACCCCCUGGAGAUCGAUCGAUUCAAGCAGUGCGGUUGGUUAUCAAGAUUAGAGGAACCCCUGGCGGGAGUUCCCUCAUGAUGAUCUCCAUCAACAAUUAUAGCCGGAUUCCAAUGCCUCAUUCUUGGUGCUGAACAUUUCUCAGUACUGAGCUCUCAUACGAAGUUGAGACGAUGACAAUGGUAAACUGUUACUGAA